UUGAGUCUGCAGCAGAAGGACAAAGAGCGGGGAGUGUGCCUUCCCACACGGCUGCAGGCAGAGAUGGCGUCCUAAUGCCGGUGAAUAAGCAGAAAAACAGAGCAGAGGGAGGGGAGAAGGAUGCGGGCAGCGGAAGAUAAAAAGCUGCAUCAUUUAGAGCAUCACAUGGCAGAAGAUGAGUUUCUCUGAUGAUGGUGAGGAUGACAACGCUUUAAGGAUAUUUGCGGUGUUUCUUUUAAAUAGAUAGGCCUACUUGAUUUUUAUUUUUUAUUUUUUAAAGCUGAGCUUUGAGGCAGCGGUGUGAUUCUUUUGAGGGGAAGCGGUGGGGGUUUGUUGUCUACCUCAGCUAUUUCUCCCUCCGCCGGGGCUCUCUGCUCAUCCGACGCUGGGAGGAGAGGGCAGAGGGAGGGAGAGAGCAGCGAUGGCUGCCGGUGGAGCAGGAUGCGGGGACACGGUGGAGCAGUGCCGGACCGAGGUGGAGCGUCUGACCCGGGAGCUGGCGGAGGCCAACCGCGAGAAGAUCCGGGCGGCGGAGUGCGGGCUGGUGGUUCUGGAGGAGAACCAGAGCCUGAAGCAGCAGUACGCUGAGCUGGAGGCCGAGCAGGAGACGCUGAGGCUGGAACUGGAGCAGCUGCAGGAGGUGGGCUCGGCAGGGGCAUUUGGCCAUGCCUACUCCACCCAGCGUAAGGUGGCAGAAGAUGGGGAGACCAAUGAGGAGACGCUGCUGCAGGAGUCUGCCACCAAGGAAGCCUAUUACAUGGGACGUCUCCUGGAGCUCCAGUCAGCGCUGAAGCACAGUCAGACAGACGCCUCCAACGCUCAGGCUGACAAUGAACACCUGAGCACUCUGCUGCAGGAGCUGAGGGAGCAGAGUAAUGAGAUGUUGGAGCUGCAGCGCAGCCGGAUGCGAGAGGAGAUCGUGGAGUACAAGUUUCGAGAGUCGCGGCUGCUUCAGGACUAUACUGAGUUGGAGGAGGAGAACAUCUCUCUGCAGAAGCUGGUGUCAACACUCAAACAGAAUCAGGUGGAGUAUGAAGGUCUGAAGCAUGAAAUUAAGGUCCUAGAGGAGGAGACAGAGCUUCUCAACAGCCAGUUACAAGAUGCACUGCGUUUGAAGGACAUCUCAGACGCCCAACUGGAGGAGGCGCUGGAGUCUUUGAAGAGCGAGCGUGACCAGAAAAACCACCUGCGCAGGGAACUGGUCCACCACCUCAGCAUGUGUGAUGUGGCCUACACUGGCAGUGCCCACCUGACAUUCAUCUCAGCCCCACCCAGUGGCACCGCAACCCCAACAACUCUGCUCUCCCCAAAUGCAGAUGAACCCAUGAGGUGUAACGGACACCUCCAAGGUGGGACUGGACCAGGGACGGCUGCAGAGUCGGUGCCUCAAGUUAAUGGAGAGUGCCGAGGCCUGGGUCGGAAAGCUGAGGGGGCCGUGACGUCGGACCUCUUCAACGAGAUGAACCUAACAGAGAUUCAGAAGCUUAAGCAGCAGCUGAUGACGGUUGAACGUGAAAAAGUAUUACUGAUGACCAGUCUGCAGGAGUCCCAGACUCAGCUGCAACACACCCAAGGGGCCCUGAACGAGCAGCACGAGAAGGCCCUCCGCCUUAGCCAGAGAGUCACUGCCCUCCGCCGCCUACAUAGAAAGGCCCACCACAACCAGGAAGCAAACGUCAGUGCCACCUCUCGGCUCAACCCAGAGGCCCUGAUGGAACUCGACAGAGAUGAAGAGGAGGCUGAAGAGGAAGGAGGAACUGAGAGGGAUAGGAGUGAGAAGUUAAACAAAAGUCAGGUAUUUUACUACCAGACACCAGGUCUGGAGAUCCUGCAGUGCAAGUACCGUGUGGCUGUGACAGAGGUGGUGGAGCUCAAGGCGGAGGUGAAAGCUCUCCGUGACAGACUAAUUCAGUGUGUAGAGGGAGCAGCAGAGGAGAAGCCAAGGCGUAGCGGUCAGCUUCAGAAGCUGGAGAGGCAGGUUGCCUCAUUGGAGAAGAGCUGCUGGGAGUGCCGGGAAAAGGUGGCUAGCCUGGAGUUGGAGUUGCAGGCAGCUCAGUCAGCAGCCAAUGAGAGUCAGGGCGCGUUGAACGCAGCUCAGGAUGAGUUGGUGACGCUGAGUGAGGAGCUUGCCCAGCUCUACCACCACGUCUGUCUGUGCAACAAUGAGACGCCCAACCGCGUUAUGCUGGACUACUACAGACAAGGCAGAGGGCUCCGGGGCCUCAGUGCCUGUCUUAAAGCUAUGUCAUCAGACAACAGCAAAGUUCUCCUCACACCACGUCUCGCCAGGCGGCUGGCUGCUGUUGCUUCCACAACCUUUACUCCUGGGGAGUCAAGGAGCCCCUCGCAGUCUCCAUCCAAGGAGCCCUUAUCUGGGGAGGUGGGGGGAGGAGAGAAGGAGGGGGAUAAAGAGGGCCUCCAGGUGCUAUCUGAGCAGAGCCUGCCUCUCUGCACACCUCCAACCCACUCACCCAGCAUCAGUGCCUCUUCAUCAUCAUCUUCAUCAUCAUCGCCUGCCCUGGAGCCAGCUGGUGAGCUGCGGCGGGAGCCCAUGAAUAUCUAUAACCUCAACGCCAUCAUCAGAGAACAGGUGAAGCACCUCCAGCGGGUGGUAGACAGGUCUCUGCAGCUGUCGAGACAGAGAGCUGCAGCCAGGGAACUGGCCCCUCUGCUGGACAAGGACAAGGAGAGCUGUAUGGAGGAGAUCCUGAAGCUCAAGUCCCUCCUUAGCACCAAGAGAGAGCAGAUAGCCACCCUCCGACUGGUACUCAGGGCUAACAAACAGACAGCAGAGGGGGCUCUGGCCAACCUGAAAAGUAAGUAUGAGGCGGAGAAGUCAAUGGUGACUGACACCAUGAUGAAGCUGAGGAACGAGCUCAAAGCCCUGAAGGAGGACGCCGCCACUUUCUCGUCUCUGCGAGCCUUGUUUUCCACCAGGUGUGAUGAGUACAUUACCCAGCUGGAUGAGAUGCAGAGGCAGCUGGCUGCAGCCGAAGAUGAGAAGAAGACUCUGAACUCCCUCCUGCGGAUGGCCAUCCAGCAGAAACUGGCCCUCACCCAGCGUCUGGAGGAUUUGGCUUUCGAUCAAGAGCAGACCCACCGCACCCGAGGGGGCAGGCUAAACCGCGUGAAGACCAGCACUCCCAAAGUAAGUCCCUCUGCCUUGGCUUCGGCCUCCAAUAUAGCUCAUGGGUCUUCAGCUUUGGCUCCUGUCAGCUUCCCCCUUUCCAGCCUUCCUAGUCCUACGUCAAUUCUUCCUGAUGACCCUUAUGUGCCCCUUAGCCUGUCUGUGGUCAGUGCAGCUUUGUCCUCAGCUUUCACCUCCCCUACCUCACAGAUACCCCCUCGCAGUCCGUCAUCACCAGCGGUUGCGUCAUUGGCUGGCCCUUCAGAGAGCCCUCCAUGUCUGGAGGCCCCCUCCUCUCCCUCAGAGCGGACCUCACCCUCAGCCACUUCAAAUAUGGCUCGCUCCCAGUGGACUCUGGGUGUGCGGACGGUUGUGGUUGACUCCCACAGUUUCAGUGUCAACAUCCCUCCCAAUCUGCCUUGUAGCUCCGGCCUCUCAAGGCACUACACCCCAGACUCGCAAACCGCUCCCUCAUCCACCAUCAACACCAGGCCCACCCAACCAGGAUCUGCCCCAUCCUCUCCCUACCGGUCCCCUAUUCUGGGGCUCAGGCGCUCUACAUGGAGCCCCUCACCCCGAACUCGGCCCUUGUCUAGCCUGAUGCGCUCAUCUGUCGUUCCCUCCCCUUACUCCUCCUCCCACUCUCCUUCUUCUUCCCACAGCUAUUCUUCCGCCUACUACAGCUCCUCUCCUGCUUUUACCCCCUCUAGUUCCUACCUCACCUCUGGUACCUCCACUUCUUACAGCCACUCAACCAACUACACGCCCCUCUACCCCAGAUACUACAGUUCAUACCGGCCCCGGCACUGACGCCUUACUAUAAAUUCUUUACUAUAACCCUUUUGAAGGCUUUUCCACCAGGCUCCUUACUGACAUUAAAACUGCAACUCCCAUCAGCCUUCUCUUUUUGUCUUCUGAGAGAGUGGGGGCUCACAGAGAGAAGGACAGAAUGGUUUCCUGUUUCCCAGUUCCUGUUUCCCUGCGCCUAAGCUUUGGCCGAUGGGUUCUAAAUGUUCUGUGACUUUGCUCAGGGAUUUGACAUAAGGAGCACAAGCGGCCCCACUUUUCUUCUAUUCUGAGACUGCUGAUUGGUCCACACGAGGACGUUAAUAGAGACUUUUUAACGAAGGUUUUUAGCAUUUUGGUUCUUCAGGUUGAGACCACACUUGCAUGAAUUGAUUAAAACACAGAGACAUUCAGACAUUGACUGGACAUCUUGCAAACAAUUUCAUAUGUAUGAAUGAGGGCAAUGGCACAUUAAUAACCAUCCUCUAUUUAAUAUAAUAACCACUCUGUGGGGAGUCGUCUGUAUACACAAAAACUGUGUAAACCACAUGUUUUCAGUGCAAGCAUUCUCUUUUGUUGAUGAGGUACAUGGAUGUCUAAGGGUUCAGUAUGAUUCAAACAAAUUUGGUUGUAAGUGUUUAUACCAGUUCCAGAUGGCCCCACACAAAGCUCUGUUGUAGACAGCAGGGGCACAAUGAUCUGUCCUGAAAGUCAUUUGUGGUAUGGCACUACGUGGCAGUAGUACCUUUGUGAAAAAUAAAGAAAGAGCCUGCAAUUCUUUGCACCUAUGCCACCUGGCCAAUUGUUUCGGCCAAGUGGCCACACUUACUGAAUUGUCAUUUUUGAAAAGUUAGGGAAAUUGUCGGACGCAGACCCCUGAAUUCCAACAUUGGGAGGGUGCUUGAGAAGCUGUAUUUCCUUGCAACAAGAACUUUGUUUGAAUUAUACUGACCUUUAGUGUUUCAGCUUUUAUCUUACUCUAAAAUCUCUCCAUCUCACACAAAUACACAAACUUGUAUGAUGAGACAGUUGUGGACAAGGAGUGAUGGACUACUCAUUGAAACAGUAUAUAAUCUGUCAUGGUGGGUACCGCUUACUGAAAGAAAUUAAUAGGACAACUCAAUGAGUAUUCCUUGUUUCUUGUCCAAGCAAUUUUCUAUCACUAGCACAACCCAGUGGCUUGUUCUCAAAUAGCAAUGUACUCCACUAUGCAUGUUCACGUUUGGAUGCUCUUAUGCUGUAAACUUCCUCCCCUUUCUAUUCAAAAAAGAAUCUAAGAGAGAUGCAGGCGGAGCAGUCUGUAUAAAGGUUGUUGCGGGGAUGAACUUAUGAGGAGGAAGGAGAACAUUCAAACAUGUCAUGUGAGCAGUGUAGGAUCAGCUGAAUAUCAUAGUGUAGUCAAUUUACAAGGAAGCAAUACAACUUGAAAUUAGCUCUGUGAUGUGUCUCUAUAGUCUGAAGUUUCAUUCUCCUUAUUUCCUAUUCAAUUUUUUUAAAAGCACUUCUAAAGUAACUAGUAAAUUCAACAACAAAAAACAAAAAAUUAAGAGGAAUUCCUCGACAAGUUGAGUUUCUCCCGCAUAUAACCCAUUGUUUACAGCUGACUUGCUUUUGAGAAAGAUGCUUAAGAUCCACAAGCUACACUGGUUAGGAUUAGAAAUAUGAAUUUUUGUGUAACUAAGCAUGGGCCGGUAUACGAUUUUGACGGUAUGAUGACCUACAGCAAAAAUAUCACGCAUUAACUGUAUUGCAAGUACACCUUUAAAAUGUAUUAUAUUUAUAAAUGUCUGGGUAAAAUAAAAUAAAAAUAUUUCUCUAUUGAACACAAUGUAUUUUAUUGCUGAACCCACUGCACACUGGCAAAAAGAGAUAUUUCUAAACUGCACUUCCUGACCUUAUGUCCACUCCUAAAAAAACGCUCAUACCUUAGGAACGGUUUGACAUUUUUUUUCCUUGACAUAAAAUCUUGAAUUUUUCAAACCGCUGUAUACCUGGUAACAGGCCCAUGCCUAUUUAUAACAAUGAUUUGUAAUUUUAAUCUUCUGGCCCUAUAUCACUUUAACCAGGUUAAUAUUAAGUCCCACUUCUAUGGAACACAAUAUUUAAACCCAGACUGUUGUCUCUCACUGUUAUUUUUAGCUUACACAAGAUAAUCACUACAGAGGGACGCUGAUUAUUUUUGAUUGAGUUUAAAGAUAGUUUAAGGAUUACACUGUGAAUACGUUUUCUCAAAAUAUAAUUUUGUGAGAAACCAUAAACUGAAGCAUUUAUUUAAAAAACAUGAUUCAAAAAAGUACUAACACAUGCCAACAUACUGUAAUUUAGUAUAUUCAUAUCCAAACACUGACAGCAAGUGAUUAAAGACUUUUCUAACUAUAAUUUUUAGGGUUACACCCUGUAGCACCCUUUUGUGCCUCUGAGGCCAUCUGCAGAGGUCCGUCCUGUGACACAGAGUGAAUUCUGACACGGAAUGUGUUCAGAUUAUGUUAACUCUUGUUCACGGCAUUGCAUCAAACUCAGGGAACGUGACACACCAAAUUCAACCUAUGAGUCAACAACCAUCCAGAAUGACUAUAGAUAUUAUGAUAUAAUUUUGACUUAGAGAACAGAUCUCCCAAAUUAGGUUUGAGUUAAUUUUGGUCAAGUUGAAGGAAAUAUGGAUGUUUUACAUCUUACCCAGAGUCACACAAGAAGAUUGAUAUCAAUUUCCUCUGGGCGCCUAGUACAGAGAUAGUCCUGGGGUUUGCAUAUCAUAUUAUUCCAAU